AUGACGAAACGAAUAAUCUUAUUACAACCGUUUCCUGAGCGGGGUAGUUUUUCCCAGAGGACGAAUUUUCCUAACUUUUGCCCAGAGUUGCUGCGAAGCAAAGUGAUGAACGGUAUCAAAGACGCGGAAAUAGGCGUCGAAACCCUCAUCAGAGAAUUGAGAGCCGGCGCCAUUUUAAUUGACGUAAGAUCACCCAGUGAAUACGCCAAAGGUCACGUGCCAGGGGCCGCCAAUCUCCCACUUUUCGACGACAAACAACGUGGGAAAAUGCUCACCGUUUUCGCGAAGCAAAACCAUGAGUUAGCUCUGGCUAUGGCGAGAAGAGUUUUACGGCCUGAGUUGCAACAUUUUCUGACAAGAGUGAUGGGUAUGGUCAGGUCACGAAGGCGGGUUGAGUAUUCGCGAGGAUCCACGUCCAAAAUGCCUUUUGUAAUCUAUCUAUACUGUUGGCGCGGUGGAAUGCGUUCGCGUACUUUGGCGUGGUUUCUUAUGCACAGUGCACGUCCUGGUUUGCUUGACUGUCAUGUCAUUCGCAACGGUUAUAAGGCUUUUAAGCACUUUGUGUCUUCUAGAUGGUCCACACUCACCCAAGAGGAGUUAAAGGGUGAUUCUGCCGCUGAAGCUUCAAGCGGGUUCCGUCGGAUGGAACCGUGUAUUGAAGGCCCUUGGAUAUGCAUCAUCGGCGGUCGCACGGGUGUCGGUAAAACACGCGUUUUGCAUGCGUUGCGCGAUGCAGGAGAGCGCGUAAUCGAUCUGGAAGGGGUAGCUAGACAUCGAGGAUCCGCUUUUGGUUGGGUUGGUCACUCGUCAACGCAACCUCCUAGCGAGCAUUUUUCUAAUCUCCUGGCAAUUCAAUGGGUUUCACAGACUACGCCAAAGUGGAUUUUUAUCGAAGACGAGGGUCCACACGUCGGAAAAUGUUCGGUUCACCCAGCAUUGUUUCAGCGCAUGCGAUGCGCACCACUUGUCAUCAACAUAGUUGCCGAAAAGCAGACAAGGUUGCAUGUACUUCUGGAAGAUUACGUGACCGACAUGCGAGACGCUGACAAUACAUGGUCAAGGGCAAUGCUUGAAUCUGUUGGCAAGCUGCACAGACGUUUAGGCAGAGAUCAGACUGAGGCGCUACAACUCUUUCUGCAUGCCAGAAAUUACAUGGCCUUCGCGGAUGGGCUUCUACAAUAUUAUGACAACAUGUACGACAUGCACCUUGGGAAGUCGAGAGCAGAUGGCCGCGCUUUGCGAAGGAUUGGUGCAGAUGUAGAAGCUGUGCGUCGGAGACAGGGGAAAAUCAAAGAAGUUCACGCAUUUCCCGUGGGAAGGCACUCCGAAAAGCUUGUCACCAAUCCUCACCCUGGCUCAUUGGACAUUCACCGACUAACAAAGGACGUUUUGACGGCCGUGCUCGAUUUUGUAACCAAUCGGACGUCCCCAUGA